GAAAGUAUACGGUGGCCCUGCCGCCCGGGAUCUAUGGCCAGUCUCUGGCCAGUGGCCCCGGCACACAAACCUCCGAUCCUCGCGCGUUCUUCGUCCGCGACUUGCCUCCAUACCGCUUUCACCGCGGUUAUUCGAUACGUAUACGCGGGGAAAUUACAACAAUUCCACGCAAUUUUAAUAACCACCCCGCCUUGCCCCCCCCCGUUCGGGUGCAACUGGCGAACCUGAGGAAGGGUGACAAAGUGUGAUCAGUGCAAAACAAGGAACUUCCGAGUCAUCCCCGGGAUAUCGGGAUGCCCGACGUGCAAGUUUAAACGCACUGCUGGAUCACUCGCAGCAACGUCAAGGAGGGAAAGCUUUUCAGUAAAACUGCUGCACCAUGAUGAAGAACCAGAAUGGCGGUGUUCCGGAGGCGGUAAAUGUCGGUCCGGACGAAUUUUCGGACGACGAGAGCAGUCCGUUGACUGCACAGGAAUAUGCUGGAAGUCAAAGGACGGCAGUUCCGGAGACCAAAGGAUGGGACGUGUUUCGGAAUCCACCGAUAAAAAUAGAUUCUGGUUCGAUGGCGAACCAGAAGUGCCUGGAUGUAACGCUGCAAAUCACGAAGGCCCUCGUGUACCUUAUCGUCUUCGUUAUCGUGCUCGGAAGCGGCGUCAUCGCCAAGGGGACAAUCCUCCUCAUGACAUCCCAGCUCAAGGCUAACAGGACUAUUUUUUACUGCAAUCGUCUGCUCGGCAGGGACAAAACGUUCGUGGUCACGUUGCCGGAGGAAGAGAGAAUAGCCUGGGUAUGGUGCAUCAUAAUCGCCUUUGCGGUACCUGAGAUUGGCACACUAAUAAGGAGCAUAAGGAUCUGCUUUUUCAAAUCGUGGAAGAAGCCAACGGUCGGACACUUCAUGCUCGUCUUCGUUAUGGAGACGUUUCACGUGGUCGGUCUCGCGCUGAUGUUCAUGAGCGUUUUACCCGACCUCGACGUUGUCCAGGGUGCCAUGCUGACUAACUGCGUUUGCUUCGUUCCCGGGCUGCUCGGGCUGCUUUCUCGGAACAAAAAACGUGACGAAUCCAGGCGAUUCGUCCUCGUUCUCGUCGACCUCGCUGCCCUUGCUGCUCAGACUACAGCCUGCGUUGUCUGGCCGCUUAUUGACAGCUCGAAACCUGGCUUGUGGCUAAUCCCAGUCGCCUUGAUCCUCGUAUCCUGCGGUUGGUGGGAAAACUACGUCUCUGUUCAGAGUCAUUUAGGUAUAAUCAAAUCUUUGGGAAGGGUCAAGGAGGAGAUGAGACUGACGAGGUACUUCACCUACAUAUUCGUCUCUGUGUGGAAGAUAAUCGCUUUCUUCGUAAGCUCGGUGGUAAUACUGCACACUAGGGGCUACACCGUGAGCCACCUGUUCACGAUGUUCGGCAGCGCGUUCGGUGACCACAAAAUAACCGUGACCGAGGUUUCGACGGCUGCAGCUGGCGCGGUACCCGACCUUUUGGAACUCCUGCCGAACGGAGACACGGAGACGGUAACCGCGGACUUCAGUACACCCAUAUACGUUCUGCUGAUCCAAAUAUUCGGGGCGUACUUCGCCUACGUUUUCGGAAAGUUCGCCUGCAAGAUUCUAAUCCAAGGAUUCAGCUACGCGUUCCCGGUGAAUCUCACGAUUCCCGUAUCAAUCUCGUUACUCAUCGCUGCCUGCGGCCUCAGGAACGGGGAUCCCUGCUUCUUCCACGGUACCAUUCCCGACUAUCUGUUCUACGAAUCUCCGCCGCUGUCCUUCCUCAGUGGCUUUAUCUCCAAACAGUAUGCUUGGGUCUGGCUGCUUUGGCUCUUUUCCCAGACCUGGAUCACCCUUCACAUAUGGACGCCGAAGUGCGAGCGUCUCGCCUCGACAGAGAAGCUCUUCGUGGCGCCGAUGUACAACGCGCUGCUAAUCGACCAGUCGAUGGGAUUGAACAGGAAGCGAGAUGAUCAGCCCGAAGUCACGGUGGAGGACUUGGCUGAGAUCGAGAAGGAGAAGGGCGACGGGGACUACGAAACGAUAUACGAACAGACCGACGGCUCCGCAACUCCGCCGUCGACCGUAAAGAACAGCGAUCUUGUUACGAGGAUCUUCGCUUGCGCGACAAUGUGGCACGAGAAUAAGGAGGAGAUGAUUGAGUUCUUGAAGAGCAUCCUCAGACUCGACGAGGACCAGUGUGCACGCAGGGUCGCCCAAAAGUAUCUGAAAGUCGUUGACCCCGACUACUACGAGUUCGAGACCCACAUAUUCUUCGACGACGCUUUCGAAAUAUCAGAUCACGACGACAACGAGUCUCAGGUGAAUCGUUUCGUCAAACUUCUCGUCGACACGCUGGACGAGGCGGCUUCCGACAUUCAUCAGACUCGCAUGCACGUCAGAGCACCGAAAAAGUUCCCAACCCCUUACGGCGGUCGUCUCGUGUGGACGCUGCCUGGAAAGACCAAGAUGAUUGCUCACCUCAAAGACAAGAGCAAGAUCCGUCACAGAAAACGUUGGAGCCAGGUGAUGUACAUGUACUAUCUCCUCGGUCACCGACUAAUGGAGCUGCCGAUCAGCGUUGACCGCAAGGAAGUGAUAGCCGAGAACACGUUCCUCCUAACCCUGGACGGUGACAUCGACUUCCAGCCGGCCGCCGUCAAGCUUCUAAUCGAUUUGAUGAAGAAGAACAAGAACCUCGGCGCUGCUUGCGGGCGUAUCCAUCCCGUCGGUUCCGGCCCGAUGGUGUGGUACCAGAUGUUUGAGUACGCCAUUGGACAUUGGCUUCAAAAGGCGACGGAGCACAUGAUCGGCUGCGUACUUUGUAGCCCAGGAUGUUUCUCGCUUUUCAGAGGCAAGGCUCUCAUGGAUGACAACGUGAUGAAAAAAUACACCACCAGGUCGGACGAAGCCAGGCACUAUGUCCAAUACGAUCAGGGAGAGGAUCGGUGGCUUUGCACUCUGCUGUUGCAGCGAGGCUACAGAGUCGAGUACUCAGCUGCCAGCGACGCUUACACCCACGCCCCCGAAGGUUUCAACGAGUUUUACAACCAACGACGUCGGUGGGUGCCUUCGACGAUGGCGAACAUCAUGGAUUUGCUGAUGGACUACAAGCGAACGAUCAAAGUGAACGACAACAUAUCUCUGCCCUACAUAUCUUACCAGAUUCUCCUGAUGGGAGGUACGAUCCUUGGACCCGGUACCAUAUUCCUUAUGUUGGUGGGAGCCUUCGUCGCCGCCUUUCAGAUCGACAACUGGACCAGCUUUUACUACAACAUCAUUCCAAUUUUGCUCUUCAUGCUCGUCUGUUUCACUUGUAAAUCUAACUUUCAACUUCUUUGUGCCCAGAUGCUAUCCACCGGUUAUGCGAUGAUCAUGAUGGCCGUAAUAGUUGGUACCGCUCUCCAACUGGGCGAGGACGGAGUCGGCUCACCCUCCGCGAUAUUCUUGAUAGCAAUGUCAAGCUCGUUCUUUAUAGCCGCCUGCCUUCAUCCUCAAGAGUUCUGGUGCAUCGUCCCGGGCAUAAUAUACCUCCUGUCGAUACCCUCGAUGUACCUGCUUCUGAUCCUCUACUCUAUCAUCAACCUGAAUGUCGUUUCUUGGGGAACGAGAGAAGUCCAGGUUAAGAAGACAAAAAAGGAGAUGGAGCAAGAGAAGAAAGAGGCUGAAGAAGUGAAAAACAAGGCAAAGCAGAAGUCGCUGUUGGGUUUCCUCCAGAACGGCGGCGGCAGCAACAACGACGAGCAGGGGUCGAUAGAUAUCUCAGUCGCUGGAUUAUUCAGGUGCAUGAUGUGCACCCACGGGACACCCUCGGAUGAGAAGCAGCAGCUAGUCGCUAUCGCAGAGUCCUUGGAACAACUAGGAAAACGCUUGGAAACGAUAGAGAAGGCCGUCGAUCCUCAGGGUCACGUGUCGGGCAGGAGACGCGCGUCCUCCGUCGGAUCGCGGUUCGUCGAUCCAAUGAACCCGAUCGAAGAGAAUCCGGUUGACGAAAACGAGAGGGACAGUGACACAGAGACAACGGUUAGCCAGAACACGGAGGCUCAUCGCGAACGCCCCUUCCUUGCGAGUCCUUACUGGCUCGAGGAUGAGGGACUGAAGAAAGGCGAGGUCGAUUUCCUCUCGCCCCAGGAGGAGCAGUUCUGGAAAGACCUGCUCGAAAAGUAUCUCUUUCCGAUCGACGAAGACAAAGCUGAGAAGGCAAGGAUCGCCGCAGACUUGAUUGAACUACGGAACAAAAGCGUGUUUGCAUUUUUCAUGUUCAAUGCGCUGUUCAUUCUGAUCGUAUUUUUACUACAAUUGAACAAAGACCAGCUGCACAUUGUAUGGCCUCUAGGGGUCAAGACAAACAUCACCUACAUAGAGGAAACCUCAGAGGUGCACAUCAGCAAGGAGUACCUACAGCUCGAGCCGAUCGGUCUCGUUUUUGUCUUCUUCUUCGCCCUGAUCCUGGUCAUCCAGUUCACUGCCAUGCUGUUCCAUCGCUUCGGCACCUUUGCGCAUAUUCUCGCCAGCACAACGCUGGACUUGUUAUACUGUUGCAAAAAGACAAAGGACCUCUCCGAGGAAGCGUUACUGAGCAAACACGCAGUCGAAAUAGUUAGGGAUCUCCAGCGUUUGGACGGCAUGGAGGGCGACUAUGACGAGAGCACCGGCAGCGGACCUGGAAGGAGAAAAACGAUUCGUAAUUUGGAGAAGAGUCGGCGAAAGACGCAGGCGAUAAAUACUCUGGACGUCGCUUUUAGGCAGCGGUUCUUCAGCAUGGCCGAGGGCGCCGGAUUGCCACGGAACAUGUCGACGAGGAGGUCGACCAAGGCGUUCAAGGCGUUUGAGGGGCGUCGAAAUAGCAUUAUGGCUGAGAGAAAGAAGUCCCAAAUGCAGACGCUCGGCGCUAAUAACAUUUACGGGGCGGCCGGAAAUCCGCUCGGAAUUCAGCCGAGGCCCACAAGAAGCAGUCAAAUCUCCGUCAAGGAAGUGUUCGAUACGCAUCCGGGUGUCGUCAACCACGCCUACGAGUCUGAGGAAAGUCCGAGGAACAGUCUUAGGAUGCAGUCGAGGAUCACUUGGCGGGAUCCCAACUCCAAGGUGUAGAGAUGAUGUAGGAGAAACGAUUUUAGGGGAAAAAAUACUCGCAGUGCAAUAUUAUUAUAAUUCUCCUGUUUUUCUAACGUUGCGUAUAUGCAAACAAUUUGAAAGGGAAGCAGUUGAUCAUGCAGUGAAAAUAAUACGCUUAACAAUCUUACCGUAUUUAGAUGAAAUUAGAUGUUGUACACGAUAGAAACGUUUUCAAAUGGCUUGAUACUACGUGUUUAGGAAUAUUUUUCUUCAAUCACACCUUGCCGACCGAACUAUGGUCAAUUAUACGUCUCAUGCGCACAUGCAGGCACUGCCACGAACGAAUAUAGAAUAAUUAAUUACGACAAUACUGCAGGCAAUUGCAGCCUAUCGGGAUACCUAUUAUCGUUAGCUUCCUCAUACAAGUCCUGCGUAAAUAUGACUGUAUAUUUUAUGUUGAUGAGAGGGAAUAGAUGUAUUUUUGUAUGUGAUAUUUUAGAGAUUCGACAUAUCCUUUAUUCGAUAGUCAAUAUAGUAUAUUAUACGAUUUCAUAGCUGUUUAGGCCAAGUGAUGAACAAUAUUCGCCUGAGUUUGGCGACCCUGUUGGGAACAUAUCGUGACACUGCUUGAAAACCUGCAUAUUCUCAUAGAAUUAUUAAACCCAUCUUAGUAUAUAAGCAUAGAAGAUAUACGUUUACGUACUAUUAUAACAACAAUAUUAUUAUUAUUAUCAUUAUUAUUUUUAUUUACUACUAUUACUAUUAUU